AUGUCUGAAGAACAAAAGAUAACGGUUGAUCAAUAUGGUAGAAAGAAAUGGAACUUAGAAAUAUAUGCAAAAGAAGCAAAAGAUAAGAAAAACAAAAAGAAUAAUCAAAAAGAUCAAGAACAAUCACAUUUACUAGAUCUAAAGAACAAUGACACAUCACAAGCUUACUUAAAACAUAGGGACAACUUAUUAAACACCUCAUUAAGUGCUGUUAAAUCGUUCAACUUAAUAAACCCAGAUCAAAACAAUUCAUCAUCAUUUGGUUCUAACAAAAGAUUUGGAUUCUUUUGCCCCAUAUGUGAUUUAUCAUUUCGUGAUAAUUUGGCGCUUAUAGACCAUUUGAAUUCUCCUCAACAUGUAAAUAAAGUCAUACAAUUAAACCACAAGGAAGGUAAAGAGGGUGAAGAAUUAGGUGAAAUAUUAGAUGGUGGUAUACGAAGGGCAAGUGUUGCUGAUGUUAUUUCAACUAUGGAAAAACUAAUAAAACAACGUAUAAAUGAAAAAAAUCAACAAGAUAAUGAUAAUGAAGUUAGUAAUGGUUUGACGUUUAGUGAAAGAAUUGAAAGACGAAAACAAUUUGAAGAUCAAAAAAGGGCAAAAAGGCUGAACAAGAGACAAUUGCAAAAGCAGCGAAAGAAGCAAAGACUACAAGAGGAAGAAGACGAAGGAAUCAAGAAUGGAUUGGCUGUACAUGAUAAUGAUAUGAAUGAAAUGAUGGGGUUUGCAACAUUCGGUUCUACAAAAGCCAAAUAA